AUGAGUUUUUCGACACCUUCCGAGCAGUUUGAGGAGCUGAAUAGCCCCAGCAUUAUACUUACUGAGCUUUCGGGCAAUGAGGAUUUGUCCACGUCGGAUCCAAUGGGCUGGGCCUCGGGCGGUCUGUUGAUUGAGACAGAUCAAAUCUCGGCCCCUCUUGGUCCAGCCCUUCAAGUCAUCAACCCCAAUUUACUCUCCUAUUUUAAGACCAACCACUUGAUUCAACCUACGGACCAUCCAAAAUAUGAUGAGGAUGAAGCCCUCAUCAACCAUGCCGGGGAUAAGGCCCAAGGAUCGGCGGUAGAGACCGAGUUAUCCUAUGGCACUCGACCACAACUCAUGAUUGAGAUUUCUGGUUUCACUGAAAAUCCAUCCGACGUCUCCAAUGUCGACGCGAUUCAGUGGGAUGUUCUCGAUGGUCCUACUCCGAUGGCUUAG